AUGGCUGACGAACAAGAACUUCUCGAUUAUGACGAAGCAGAUGAUGCGCCACAAACGGGUGUGAAAGGUGGAACAUUGAAUGGAACGGGUGGUGGAUCGUCAUUAAAGAAUGGAGGUUCAUCAGGUACACAAAGUGGACCAAUCCGCGGCUCUUAUGUAUCAAUUCAUGCAAGUGGCUUUAAAGAUUUUCUCCUGAAACCUGAAUUACUCCGUGCAAUAAUGGAUUGCGGUUUUGAACAUCCAUCUGAAGUUCAACAUGAAUCCAUUCCACAAGCUAUUCUUGGUACAGAUAUUGUAUGUCAAGCCAAAUCUGGUAUGGGCAAAACAGCUGUUUUCGUGUUAGCGACGCUUCAACAAUUAGAACCUGUUGAUGGACAAGUAUCGGUUAUCGUUCUGUGUCAUGCACGUGAAUUAGCCUUUCAAAUCAGUCGUGAAUACGAACGCUUUUGCAAAUAUAUGCCAUCGGUGAAAGUUUCGGUUUUCUUUGGUGGUUUGCCAACUAAAAAUGAUGAAGAAACGUUGAAAAAGAAUUGUCCACACAUCGUUGUUGGUACACCUGGUCGAAUUCUGGCUCUAGGAAAGAGUAAAGCACUCAAUUUACGACAUGUCAAACAUUUUAUUAUCGAUGAAUGUGAUAAAGUCUUGGAAUCACUUGAAAUGCGUCGCGACGUUCAAGAAAUAUUCAAAAUGACACCGCAUGAAAAACAAGUGUUGAUGUUCAGUGCAACAUUAAGCAAAGAUAUUCGACCUGUCUGCAAGAAAUUUAUGCAAGAUCCGAUGGAAAUUUAUAUCGAUAAUGAAACUAAAUUAACACUCCAUGGUCUUCGUCAACAUUAUGUUAAACUACGCGAGAAUGAAAAAAAUCGAAAACUCAUCGAUCUGUUAGAUAAAUUAGAAUUCAAUCAAGUGGUUAUUUUCGUUAAAUCUGUACAACGAUGUUCAGUUUUGUGUAAACUAUUAACAGAACAAAAUUUUCCAGCAGUUGAAAUUCAUCGUGGAAUGCCUCAAGAAGAACGUUUGGCUCGUUACAAAGAGUUUAAAGAAUUUCAAACACGUAUUCUUGUCGCAACGAACUUAUUUGGACGUGGUAUGGAUAUCGAACGUGUCAACAUUGUGGUUAAUUAUGAUAUGCCAGAAGACACAGAUACAUAUCUUCAUCGAGUUGCACGUGCUGGUCGUUUCGGUACAAAAGGUUUAGCAAUAACUUUCAUUGGUGAUGAGAAUGAUGCUGCGAUUUUAAAUGAAGUGCAAACUCGUUUUGAAGUACAAAUCACUGAAAUGCCCGAUGAAAUUGACGUUACUACUUAUAUCGAAAAUCGUUAA